AUGAAGACAAAUUACACUGUCGUGAACAGUGAAAACUGGUUCAGAAACCCUUCUCAAAACCCUAAACAGCACUGGCAGGGGAACACGCAGAGUAGUCGAAGCGCCAUUGGCAAAAUGGAGAAAAAAGUGAAUCAUCCGCAAAAAGCCACGAAAGAGAACAGUAACCGCAGGGGCAAAAAGCAGGAGGAGCUGCUGAAGACCCUCGGCGACUUCACGAGCAAAGAGAACUGGGAUCAAUUCUUCACCAUAAGAGGCUCAGACGAUUCAUUUGAAUGGUAUGCCGAGUGGCCUCAGCUCAGAAGCUUACUCACAUCUGGUCUCUUAGCUCAAUCAGAGCCGUUGAAGGCGGCGGCGGUGAAUAUUUUGGUUCCGGGGUGCGGUAACUCGAGGCUGUCCGAGCAUCUUUAUGAUGCCGGCUUUACGAACAUAACAAAUGUGGAUUUCUCAAAGGUGGUUAUCUCAGACAUGUUGAGGAGGAACGUGAGAGAUCGGCCGGGGAUGAAGUGGCGGGUUAUGGACAUGACGUCUAUGCAGUUUGCAAAUGCGGCAUUUGAUGCCAUUCUUGACAAGGGAGGUUUGGAUGCUUUGAUGGAGCCUGAGCAUGGACCUAAAUUAGGCAAUCAAUAUUUAUCUGAGGUUAAAAGGCUGUUAAAGGAUGGUGGAAAAUAUAUUUGUCUCACCCUAGCAGAAUGCCACGUGUUAGAUCUACUUUUUCCCAAGUUUCGAUUUGGGUGGAAAAUGAGUGUUUAUGCCAUUGAUCAGGAACCAUCUCCCAAAAGCUUAAAACUACAGACAUUUAUGGUGGUUGCUGAGAAAGAUAGUUCUUGCGUUAUUUCCGAGAUAUCGUCAUCCGUGGAUGAAAAAUCUGUUCAAUCUCAUGGAGAUCAGGCUCGUCAACUAUAUGAAGCACUUGAAAGAGAAAAAAGAGUUCGCUCAGAGUACUCGAGUGGUUCUGAUAUAAUGUACUCUCUUGAAGACCUGAACCUAGGGACAAAAGGAGACCUUACUGAGCUUGAACCGGGGCGGAGGAUAAAGCUCACUUUAGGUGAACCUGGAGUAUCUCGAUUCAUUUACAAUGGUGUACUUCUUGAUGCUCAGCCAGAUUCAGGAGCAUUUUCAUAUCAUUUUGGUGUAUUCAUUGUUCCAAAGAUGCGAGCUCAUGAGUGGCUCUUUUCAUCUGAAGAAGGACAAUGGCUCGUUGUUGUAAGCUCAAAGGCUGCUAGAUUGCUGAUGAUUUUACUGGACUCCAGCAAUUCUAAUGCUCCCAUGGAGGAUAUCCAGAAGGAUCUUUCCCCUUUAGUCAAGCAAUUGGCUCCAAGAAAUUGUGAUGAUGGAGUUCCAAUUCCGUUUAUGGCUGCUAGUGAUGGGAUUACACAGAGCGAGAUUGUGCACCAGGUUACAUCUGCCUUGACUGGUCCAAUAAUGGUCGAGGAUGUCAUUUAUGAGAAGAUUGCUGAUGAUCUUCAUCGUCAGUCUCUAUCUAAAGAAUUGUUAUUCCGUCGCCUUAUUUUCCAUAGAUCUGAGAAUUUGGUGCAAUCUGAAGCUCUCUUAGCAAAGGAAGGAUCUGAUGGACUUUUUACUGAAGCAGAGAAUAAGAAAGUUCAAGCAGUUCCAAAAACUCGAAAAAAAGGAAAGCAUAGGAAAUCUGACUCUAACAGAUCAGCUUCUCAUGCAUCAAGCGGUGAAACAAAAGUUGUUCACAACUAUCUUGCAAGCUCAUACCACAAUGGGAUUAUUUCGGGAUUGAUGUUGAUUUCUUUACAUUUGAAAGGAUGUAGAUCAGAUGGGGGCAUGGUCCGAACUGUGGUUAUUGGUCUAGGAGCUGGACUGCUUCCUAUGUUUAUGAAGAAUUGCAUUCCUUCUCUGAUGAUUGAGGUGGUCGAGUUAGAUCCUGUAAUUUUGGAUGUUGCCAGAGAAUAUUUUGGUUUUAGGGAAGAUGAAUGCUUAAAGGUAAAUAUCACCGAUGGAAUUAAAUUUGUGAGGGAGAUAGCUCAGUCUGAUGCAGUUGAUCCGGAAGGAAAAAGCUUGAGCAAAGUUGAUAUACUCAUUGUUGAUGUGGAUUCGUCAGACUCAAGUUCUGGUUUGACCUGUCCCGCGGUAGAUUUUGUCGAGGAAUCUUUUCUCUUGACUGUAAAAGAUUCACUUUCUGAGCGAGGUCUAUUUAUCAUUAAUUUGGUCUCAAGGUCCUCUACUGUGAAGGGUGCAAUAUAUUUGAGAUUGAAAGCGGUGUUUAGAAAUAUUUUUCACCUGCAGCUUGAGGAAGAUGUGAAUGAAGUAAUAUUUGUCCUUAAAACAGACUCGAUAGUCAAUGAGGAUCAACUUGCCGAGGCCCGUGUUUCGCUUGCAACCAUGCUAGAGUCUGAAAAGAAGGAAUGGAGCCAAAGAAUCAUAGAUGCCUCAAAACUGAUCAAGCCCUUAAGCUUUUAG